AUGGUUAAGAACGGAUAUCUCAACAGAGCUACAGAAGCAGGUCGCACUUUUCACCAUUUAAUGUAUGAUGCUGCUGCUGCUGCGGUAUUGAAUUCUGAUGGAAUUGACAUUUUUAAAAGCAGAUUGUGGAUGCAGCCCCGGGGGGUGGGGGUCUGUUGAGGGGGAUUUUGACUGAGAUGUGAUGAUGCCCUUGGUUUUUUGGUGCACAAUUUUUAAAGUGAGGUCUAAAAGUAGGGGAGUUCGCUGUGUGCCAGAAGCAGCGGAGGGAGAAUGUGAACUAGCUGGACUGGCCAAGAGAAAUGUCAGCAAAGCUCUGAGGGAGGAGAAAGGCAUCCUGGACUGCUGUGCACAAGUGCCCUAUUAAGAGAUAAGCAGUGACAGGAGAGGAAAGCAAGCACUGCCAUCCAAAAUAGCCUUGGGUGACACAAGAGGGCAAAGGGACACAGUUCUGGAAGCUGGCAGAGGAACCUAUGGAACUGGAACCUAGUAGAGAGAUGAAUGGACAGAGCCCUGGCCUGGAAUUUAGUUCAAGGUGUGAAAUUCAGGGUGGCAUAUGCAUGUGAUAAAUGCAUGCAUGCAAUAAGGGCGAAGAAGGAAAGCAAGCCAUGAACAGCAAAUCUAUAUGUAACUAUAAAACACUCUGAUUAACAUACAAAUGAGCUUAAAAUCAUUCAAAUAUGUAUGUGACUGGCAAGUAAGAGAACUGUACUGUACAAGCAGGUAUCUGACCUUGCAUAGAGACUGGGGCAUGCUUGCACUUGCUGACACACACCCUGAAGACACUAAAGAUCAGGCAAAUCAAGUUCCUCUAUAUCUUUCAGUCUGUGGUGCUCUUUGAUCCGAGAUGCUAACAUUAAUGAAUCCAAUAAAACUGUACCAAGUUUCAAAAAAUUAGCCUGUCUCAGUUUGGUCCUCUGGCGACAGACACUUGAUUUAUCAAUUUCUCCACCAGGGCAAUAUUCCAUGCCUCAUUACACUAGUCAGUCAGUGGAAGAAGCCUCUUGAAUGUCUCCUGCAUGUCCCUGUCUCUUGCUGCAAAAAAGAAUGUCAAGUCUUUCAAGUGAGACUGCACUUGAUGGUCUGCAGAUAUGCUCAGUGAUGCCAGAGCUGCGAAAAUGUAAAUGCCUGUCCUAAAAUCUUCCAAAUUUCCCUUUCAAUCAGUAUGUUUGGUUUGGUUUGAUAUAUGGUUAUAUUGAUCAGUUACUGUUGUUGGAUAAAGGCUGGUGAAUUCUGCACUCCUUAAGCUUUUGCAAGUGAAAUGGAAUAGGGAUAGUUCAUUGGUACUUGAUUUCAGACAAAUAAGAAGCUGAAGGGAAGCUAAAUGUAAGGAGAAAUAUCGCUUUCCUGUGUGGGUGGUGUUCAAAAACUCCUUAAUUCAAGGAAAGAGGAGCCCACUAUGGAGUUACAGAGUAGGAGGGAUAGGCCAAAUAAUGUAAUUACGUUGUAUAUGUGUUGGCUCUGCAAAUCACAUUUGUUGGUCUAAAACUGCUGGGAAAGCUUUUCACUAGUCUUAAGAACAUAAGAAGAGCUGCUGGAUCAGUAUCCUUUUCUCACAGUGGCCAACCAGAUGUCUGUCGGAAACCCACAAGCAAGACCUGAGCACAACAACACUCUCCCUUCCUGCAGUUUCCAGCAACUGGUAUUCAGAAGCAUUACUGCCCUCCAACUAUAGAGACCGAGCAUAGCUAUUAUUACGGCUAGUAGUAAUUGGCAGCCUUAUCCUCCAUUAACUCAGCUAAUCCUCUUUUAAAGCCAUCCAUGUUAGUGGCCAGCAUCACUGCCUCUUGUGGGAGCAAAUUCUAUAGUUUAAACUAUGUGGUGUGUGAAGAAGUAUUUUCAUUUCUCUGCCCUGAAUCCUGGGUCCUGGGUAUAUAAUCCUAAUUCCAUACAGUUCUGGGUCAUCACACAUUAAUUGGGUAGCAUCCUAGAUAAACCUGAAAUCCGCUCGGUUCUUGACCAAAAGCUGACUUGAGAACUUUGACUGUCUUACCUUAGGCAACCUGGUGAUAGAUAGCUAGGCAUGACUCCCUUUAGUUUCUGGUUCUGAAACUGCCCCGGUGCUUGAGCUGUGUCUGGUCCUAGAUCAAGAAGGUCCUACUAUUCUCAUUGUUACAAUGAAUUCCCUUAGCACUGCGCCCGACCAAGGUCCAGAUUUCUCUGCUUCUUUUCUUUGCCCGCUCCAUUUCUGGCUUGUAGUUAAUAGUAGUAGUAGUAGUAGUAGUAGUAAUUUAUUUGUACCCCAUCCAUCUGACUGGGCUGCCCCAGACAAUCUGGGCGGCUUCCAGCAUAUAUAACAACAUAGUAAAACAUCAAACCUUAAAAAGCUUCCCUAUACAGGGCUGCUUUCAGAUGUUUCCUAAAUGUUAUACCCUAAAUCUUCAAAUCCAGUUCUGUAAGUCAAGGUCAUUCUGGCUGUGGUUUUGAACCAGUCUGGUGCCUAUGGUUCUGUCCUGCCCCCUGACCUAUGGUGCCUCUGGUUCUGGUGUAAUACACUGUGUUUAUACACCUCUCCACUUACUGUAUCGCCAUAUCCGUGUCUAUAUGCACUGAUUGAGCGUCAAUUACUCAGUUUGGGGGGCGGGCACAGAAAGCGAGGUUUGCGACGGCACAAAACCAGCAGAGAACUUUGGCACUGGUUUGGAGUCAAACAGGAUGAGGUUGGAUUUUUGGCCCUUUACAGUGGUACCUCGGGUUACAGACGCUUCAGGUUACAGACUCUGCUAACCCAGAAAUAGUACCUCGGGUUAAGAUCUUUGCUUCAGGAUGAGAACAGAAAUUGUGCUCCGGUGGCGCGGCGGCAGCAGGAGGCCCCAUUAGCUAAAGUGGUGCUUCAGGCUAAGAACAGUUUCAGGUUAAGCACUGAUCUCCAGAUGGAAUUAAGUUCUUAACCCGAGAUACCACUGUACUUGUAAAGGGUUUUGGCCCUUUGCACAAAAUGCGGGAUUCGCAGCACAAAACUUUGGCGGGAUCCAGAAUUUCAGGGUCACACCUGAUCCUGAUCGCAUUGCCCACCUAUCAGCUCCCUGAGUUCCGACCCUGCUCCAGGGGGCAGACCCAGUUCUGUUUUUUCUCCAUGUUGCCCCUAGGUCUUCUUGCUCACAGCUCCUGUUCCGUCUCGCCUCGGCGGAGGAGUCGCGGCCCACGUGCUCCCACCGACCACGCUGCCGCUCGGCCCCCGCCCCCUCGGAGAGCGGCCCGUGGGAGGCGCUAGGACCCGCCUGGCCUGGCCCCGGCUUGGCUCCCUCGGCCUCUCUGACGCGCUCUCCCGCCGAGCUGGCUGCGCGGCUCUCGAGCUACAGGCGCUACAUCGCCCCAGGACGGCAGGGAGCCGCGCCACCGAACCCGCCGCGCCCGGGGACGGAGCCACGCCCGAACCUGCCGCCCAGCCCAGCCCAGCCCAGCGGUCCGGGAUACCCAGGUAAGCGAGCUGUGCGCGGCGGGGAGAUGCUUCUGCGGAGCGCGCGCUAGGGGACCGUCCGGCCGGGUCGCCCGAAGGGGCUCUGGCAGGUGGCGCUGGGGGGGCACCUCGGUGCGCCGCGCGCUCUCCUGGCCCGCCGGGGUCUGCCGCUCGGCGGCACCUGCUCGCAUCUGCGCGGGUCGGAGGCGAGGGCUGGCUUAAGGCUGGGAAGGAGCGGCGCCGGGUCUCCUCUCCAGCGCUCGCGGAGGGAGAUGGAGGCGCCAAGCGGCCGGAGAGACUCUCGCCUGGCGGGCUUGGUGUUGACGCAGCUGUGCAGGACUCAGGGCUGGUCCCCCGCGACCCAUCGCUGCCCCCUUCUCUCGCGGCUGCCUCCCCAAGAUGCUCCUGGCCCGGCGUCGGCUGGACCAGCUGAGCAGGGGGCAAAGUAGGCGGCUGUCUGCGCGCAACAGGAGGGUGGGGAAGUGAAAGCCGGAGGUCUGCGCGUCGGCGGGGGCGCAUCCCAUAGACAGACCUCCGUAAGGCUCAGGCAUACAUAGCCCCUUUGGGCACCGUAUUGUCCAGUUGCCCUUAUUUCCCCAGCAACAGCAUCUCCACGAUCGCGCUUUCCCAGCGCCCCCUCCUAGCCCAUGUCGCGGUGACCGCGGCUCCAAGAGGCUGGUCCUCAUGAUCCCCAAGGGCUCCUCUGCUAGCGCCAGGCGUCCUGGCCACCCUGAGCGGUCUGGCUCCGGCUUCUCCUCCUCCUCCUGGAGAAGUUCAUUCAUUUCUCUCCCGCGCAUCCUUGACCCAAGGAGCUCCGUGGCCAAGGGAGAUUUGCCCAGGAGAGAUGCUUGUGUCGGGACCAAGCGAAAGCCAGUCUCAUCGGGGCUUUUAGACAGCCCUUUUAAAACAGGCGAUCAAUCCAUCCGCCUCUCUUCCUGAGCGCAUCUCCCUCCCUCUUUCAGCGAGACCGACUCGGAACCGGAGCCAGGGGCAUCACAAGGAGUCUGGCUUUCCCCUGAGGAGGGUGCUGAGAGGUGUUUGCGCCUUUCUAAACAUCAGAAAACACCCCAGAACAAGGCCUAGAUAUAGAUCUCUAGUUGGUGACGAUGCUCGGCUGGAUCACAGGAGCACUCGAUUUCUGGGCGCACCGCGUGAGAUGAGGAGGGGAGGCUGGGUCUCCAGCGAGAUCCAGUUUCCUUAAAUGUCACAGGGAUUUAAACGCUCGUGAAGGGAUGACAGACAGGGAGGGAAGGAACUGGGCUGGGAAACAAGGAGCAAACCUCGCGCGCGCCUGUUUAUCAGGGGAGAGGCUGGGCAAUGGGAAGAUGGGUAACGUUUAAUCUCUAGGGUCAGAGAUUAUCCGGCUCAAAUCAGCAAGAGACUUGGAAGGCUUACCCUGAAACCCAUUUCCCCACUCCCAGAUCAUCCAGGUGGGCUGUGUGAAGACGCUUUUGUCCCUCAGAGGUACUCUGCUCUGUGCUGUUGUUUCCAACCUGAACUGUGCCAUUUGAAAAGGAGUUCUGGUUCUAGAUGGUGUUCUGGUUGGUGUGUGGUUCUGGUGUUUAGAUGGUCCUCCACUCACCUGCACUUGUAUCCAUUCCAGAUCCUUGGAUAAGAUUCCAAGGUGCUUUUUCUCUGUACACACAGUCCCGGCUAUGGUAAAUGAUUCCCUUAAAACUUCAUUUAUCUGUAGGAAUCAAUCUCAGCCCAUCUCUGUAGUCAGCUUGGGCCUGAUUGGCUCCUCCAGCCAGUGCCCAGUUACUGAUCUAAUUUAAUCCAAUGUUUUUUGACGGAUCUAGGGCAUUUGCUUGGAAUUGAAAUACUGCGCCUCCCUGGGCAUAGAUGUUGUAAACAAAUGAUAUGGGCAAGAUUGUACUUAUUUCUUAUUUUGCUGCUUUUUUGCUUUGGUAUGUUAAUUAAAAAACAACAACAAAAUUGUAAAGAACACAAAAGCGAAGCUGCUUAUAUCUGCCUGUGCUGUUUGACUGGUUCUUGUCUUGAAUUGCGACAGCGACAUUUCUCUAUUAAGCAAUAUCAAGUCUGACAUCUGUGUUUAUACGCUUUUCUUUUUUCUAUUUGAAGUACCGAUGGCAUCAGAUUGAUUUUUUUAGCUGCAUAUGACAGUAAUUAGGUAGUGCUGCAUCUACAUCCUCCAUUAUUCACUUGGAAAGCCCACUGUGGCAAAGGGUAUUUAUAUUUCAAAAUAAGUGUGUAUAUUUACUAUGAUGGGGUUGUGGAACAGCAAUCUGAGGACCCAAUAUGAAGCCAGAUUUGGUGUUUGGGUUAACUAACAUAUUUCUGAGCCCUUUACAAACACUAUAGAUCAACAAUUAACUAAGCUUUCCUGACAACUAUAAUGAUAACGAUAAAUAAUAAUAGAAAGGAGAAUAACUCUAAAUAAAAUGACAGUAAAAAUGUGAAGCUGUAGAUUUAUUACUUUUUUAUCACAUUUAUAUCCCCCCUUCCCUGCCCCAAGGUCACCCAGAUGGCUGAAUGGGGAUUUGAACCUUGGUCUCCCAGGUCCCAGUCCAACAUUUUAACCAUUACGCUACACUGAAUUAGUUAUGAAGCUGGUACUGCAAUGUUCUUGCUUUUCAUUUAUUUAUAUACUGCUUUAAUACUCUCUAAGCAGUUUGCCAAACCACCAAAGUGGUUUGAUAGCAUGAGGAAGGGUCUAGUAGGUAGCUAGGACCUGAUGGAUUUGGGGCUGUUAAUGUAGUCCCCCAACUUCAAUGCCCUGUACAGUAUAUAACGCAGGCUGCUUCUUCUGGAGGGGAAAUUCUCAAGAGGUAGACUUACAUAGCUUGUGGCAUCGUCUAAAGUGCAGUUCUACUCUGGCUGUAAAAUGACACCGCCAUCAGUAGAUCUUCUCCCAGGGAGUAUUCGGUUCUCCCCAUGACUUCAGCUCUGAUCAAUGCUAUGCAAACAUUUGUGCACGUGAGUAACUUGAGCUUUGUAAGUGGCAGAAUCCGGUAAGCUCAGAGUGAUCACGGACAUGUGGGCCUUUACUCAUCUGGCAUGGAGAUUCGUAGGACGGGAGCAAUUAAAUGGCGGUAUUAAAUGACCUUUGUAUUGCCAGUUUGGGGCACGAGGGACUGAAUUCUUACUCUCUAGAGCUGAAGGCAUGAGUUUUUAGUACGUUGGAUAUAUAGUCACGAUGACUCCUGCACAGUAGCAAACAGCAGCUUCCUUUUUUUGGAUGCUUUAAAUGAAAAAAAAGUGCAAAGCUAGUAACGCGAAUAAUGGCUUUCUGGCCUAUCUGAUGGAUCUGUGCACUCAACUGCUAGGAAACAGCUAGGAAACAGCCUCCCCCCACUCCCAAUGUGUCCACCCGAGCAGAAAAGCCUGCAGGCAAUUAUGUAUGAAGCCAGCAAGGAGGACACUGCCUGGUUUUCAGUUCCAGGCUGAUUUUGAGAUUUGCAAUCCUGGUAGUUAAGCAUCAUCUGCAUAUAGUAUAAAACACACCCCAUACCAGAUGGUACGGGGUGUGCUUUUUUUUAAAAAAAAGAACAAUUGGAAUGUUUUUUAGUCAUUGCAAUGAUUGGUUACUCUUCCUCUUUCUCAUGAAAGAAAGGAGAGCAGUUGAAUGAAGUGCUAAAUUGCUUUAAUAAUAAUAAUAAUAAAGCCUUUUGGGCUGGGUGGUCGUGAAGGGGCUUUGCAUUUCAUACUCAAGUUAAGAGCUGAGGAGUCUUGAUGGGUGUUGGGGUGGUGGCAGUGAUGAUCUGCCCAGGGAGCCUAGCUGCCUUCCUUGCCACACAAGCCCCAUUCUUUACAUUGCAGGUGGUUUAGUGGUCCAGAACAUGUGUUUAUGUGCAUUUAUUUCAUUUGUUGACACUAUCAGGAUAUACAGUUUGUAAAUAUAUGUCAUUAAUUUAUUUCACUAUACUAUACCAAUGUGAUGGGAUGUGGGUGGCGCUAAGGUCUAAACCACAGAGCCUAGGGCUUGCCGAUCAGAAGAUUGGCGGUUCGAAUCCCUGCAACGGGGUGAGUGCCUGUUGCUCGGUCCCUGCUCCUGCCAACCUAGCAGUUGGAAAGCACGUCAAAAGUGCAAGUAGAUAAAUAGGUACCACUCCAGUGGGAAGGUAAAUGGCGCUUCUGUGCGCUGCUCUGGUUCGCCAGAAGCGGCUUUGUCAUGCUGGCCACGUGACCCAGAAGCUGUCUGUGGACAAACACCAGCUCUCUUGGCCAGUAAAGCAAGAUGAGCUCCACAACCCCAGUCGUCCGCGACUGGACCUGAUGGUCAGGGGUCCCUUUACCUUUACCUAUACCAAUGUGAUAAAACAAAAUGCCAUGGGACAUUUCAAACCCACCUUUUAAUUGCAGAAGUGAUCUCCUUGGGAUGAGCCUGAACUAAUAAUUCAUUGCUUAAUUAUUUAAUAAUUCAGUUUAUUCCAUGUACAUCCCACCUCAUCCCAAGGGCUUGGGGCAGGUUAAAAAAAAUGUUAUUGCUAACUGCAACUCCCCCUCUAAUUGCAGUGAAUCAAUCACAGACAAAGUAAUUUUUUGGAAGGCGGGGGAAAUCUUAGAAUGAUUCCUACAGCUGGGCUUUGGCAAGUUUCCAGGAGAAGGAAUUUUGGAGUUGGGGAGGAGGCAGAGGAGAAUCAGACACUGGGAAUGAGUCUCCAGUUUCAUGCGCUGCAGGUCUAGAUCUGGAAUGGGUGGUCUACCAACUGGCCUUCCAAGGUCUAACUAAUUCAUGUUGAGAUAUGGAGGAAUCUCUGUCUAUUCCCCUACCCUCCUGGUAAUUGCUUACUCUUCCGGAAGUAUCUGAGGUUCUGCACGAUGUGACAGUGUACUUGUUGCAUGAAACACCUGGAUUGAUUUGGCUACACAUAUUUCUUCCCACGCAGUGCUUUGGUUGUCUUCUCUUUCUGCUUGUGGCAUACUCCAUUAUCAGUAUUUAAAUUAACUAAAAUUAUUUCUGCAUUGUAUUGAUUAGUACAUUGCACUCCAGCUUUCCUCCAUCUUGGAACACAAUGCACUGUACACAAUGCUGAUGAAACCCAUACCUCUUUAGCAUGAAUCUUAGCUAAGCCAGGAAGCCACUGGGACAUUUUGUUAAGUCAUUCCCUUUUAGCACCCCCAUAAAUAUAACUUUUUGUUUCUGUUGUAAAGAUUAUUGAAAUUCUGUGUGUGGAUUGCUUUUCAGCACGGAGAAAAUUUCAUAUAUGUGUGUGUGUGUAUGUGUGUAAAUAUCACUCAGUAAAAGCCUGAGGAUAUGCUGCGGAUAGUAAGAGAAAGAGAAGGAAGCAUCUAAGGAGAUUUGAGUAGUAGGUUGAUGGAACCUGUUAUCAAACAGGACCAAAAGGGGAGAUUGCAGGGCGGGGGAUGGCAGAAGAACCACAUGUUUGCUGCAAGAGAAGGGGGAUGUUGAAAGAGGAUGGAAGUGGAGCAGGGGAGGAUUAACCUCUGGUAAAUAACAAAGGUCACCAGUGGCAGAGACAAAGGUUUCUUUUGACAUCUAUGAAGUGAUGUCCCUGCAGAGGUGGACCAGGCUCUGGCCUCAGAAUACAAAGCCGCCAAAUAAUGCCUCUGUGGGAGAUGGACCAAAUGUCUUUUGCUCCUCUCUACACAGAUUUCAGUUUGAAUUAGAAUUAAUUGUGGAAACGCUGUAGUGGAAAGUCGGCUUUGCUAAUCAGGAAGUGAAGCUCACAAAUUAGCAGUGCUGUGGUCAAGUGAAUGUCACACAGAGUAGCAGAUAGCAUCAAGUUAUAGGGGAGAGACCAGUGUUAUUACAAUGGGCUUGGGCCUGUGAGGCCUCAGUUUGAAUUCCUCCUCAGCGUGGUGAGGAGGAGUUACUGUGUUUCAUCCUAACAUAUGCUAUGGUCCUUUUUGUGAAUCCACCGUAGCAAGAGUGGGCAACAGAGCUCCUCCUUUCUCUCCUCCUCCCUGCACCUGCAUAAUCUGGAGUUGGGGGACCCUACAGAGCAGAUUUUGGGGGAAGCUGGCAAAGAGAAACCAGAAGUCCCAUUGUGCAAGCAGAUUUCCGUUGUAGAAGUUGGCAGACAUCACUGGAUGUCACCCAAUAUUAGAAAAGACUUGCAAGGCAUUUUGUACACUAAAAGGUGAAAACUAUGUACUGUAUCCAUUCACCCUUCCACAGGUUUUAUUCAAUCCCAGGGCACAGUUAUCCCAUAACUGGGAUAUCCCAUAAACAACAACAAAAAAGGGGGGAAAUUGGUACACAUAUAUUUCCAGACACCUUGAUUACUAUAAAAGUCUGACAACGGGACACCCCCCCCCCAAAAUAUAACCAAGUUAAGUGAUGAAAUGUCUACCUCAGAAGUGGGAAACCUCACCUGUGGCCAACCAUAUGUUGUCGAACUGCAGCUCCCCUCAUCCCUAACUAUUGGUCAUGUUGGCUAGGGGUGAUUCUUUUUUACUUAUUCUUAAAAAAGAGAGACCGCAUUUAAAGCAUAAGUUUCAGAAAAAACUAGACAAUGUGUCACAUGGAGUAAUUCACAAAAGAUUUUUUAAAAACCCAAUAAAGCCAUGCAAUAUUAAUUUAAAUCUGCAAAAUAUUACUAAAACCCACACUAGGUAAGCAAGGAGAGUUUUAGUCAACCGCAUCCAGAAGGCCACAGGUUCUUCACCUUGGGUUCAUAGCAGAAGUAUAGCAGCAAGGAAGCCACAUCUUUUGUUACCUGAGACUAAGGACAAGAUAGUAUCUUCCUCCAUUCCAUGAACAAACGCUGACUAGACUGGUAGUCAGAAUUGUAUUUUGACACUGGCAGUGGGACACCAUUCUCUACUGAGUGGUGAUGGGCUGUAGCUGAAAGCCGUGGGCUAUUUCAUUGGAAGAUUAACUAUAUCCCGCCUCUGGCAUUCUCCAGCUUUUGAAAAUAAGGUAAAUAAAUACUCUGUUCCUUGGUUUAGCAUGCAGUGACCACUUCUCAUUUGGGAAAUUAAGUCUGCAGUCCUGAACAAAUUGGAUUUUUCCUAUUAAGCACAAAUAGAACACCCAAUAUAACAACCCUAAAGAAACACACAAACAUAUAACCAUCAGUGUUACAUAUAGCCACUUUGUGUUAGCCACUCUUUAGCACUUCAUUGCAUGCGGGAGUCACCUUCAAUGUACAAACUAAUGUUUUAUUUUAUACAUGGUAAAUAUGCAGUUUAGGCUAGGGAGUGUCUCCAGAAGGACAUAUGUGAGUGUGAUUGUGGGUGUGUCUGGGUUCUGAAAGUUAAUAUAUGAAACAAACAGCGGCCUGACUUCCUGAAUGGUGUCACGUAGUAUUUUGCCCUUAGCAAACCUCUUAAGUUGUUGUAGAGGCAAGUACCCGUACUUGAUAACCCUUUUCCAUUUAAGUAGGGUUGUGGUUUUUUGUUGUUGCUUAGAACCUUCCCAAACUUGCCUCCUGUAUCAUUCCACCUGCAGGGCAUAAAACAACUUGAGAGGAUUUUUUAACAACAAAAAGGCUAGUGGGGAGCAGAUUAGGAAGCCCAUCCCCACGAUGCACAUUUGUGGAAGAUUACAUCUGAUCUUAUAAAAAGAAAACAAUCGGAAUAAGUCUACACUAGCCUCAGUGAUGUGGCCCCUAAAUAAGUUAAUAUUUGCCUUCUCCCUUAAUGUUGUUUCUUCUGUUUUUAUUAUUGAGUAGCUCUAUACUUAAGGACAUAAAAUGAGCCUGCUGGAUCAGGCCAAUGGCUUAUCUAACCCAACAUCCUGUUCUCACAGUGGCCAGCUCAGGUAGAUGCCCAUGAAAAGCUUGCAAGCAGAACUUGAUCACAACAGCACUCCCUCCCCACCUCCCACCUGCAGUUUCCCAUCCACUGGCAUAUGGAGGCAUGCUGCCUCUGACUGUGGAGCUGGAACAUAGUCAUCAUGGUUCGUUUGUCUGCUUUUCGAAUUUGUCUAAUCUUUUAAAGCCUUCCAAGUUGGUGGCCAUCACUGCCUCUUGUGUGAGCAAAUUCCAUAGUUUAACUGUUCAUUGUGUGAAGAAGGGCUUCCUUUGGUCCAUCUUGAAUCUUUCAAUAUUCAGCACCAUCGGCUACCCACAUGUUCAAGAGGCAUGGGCAGGCAAACUAAGGCCCGGGGGUUGGAUCCGGCCCAAUCGCCUUCUAAAUCCGGCCUGCAGAUGGUCUGGGAAUCAACGUGUUUUUACAUGAGUAGAAUGUGUCCUUUUAUUUAAAAUGCAUCUGGGUUAUUUGUGGGGCCUGCCUGGUGUUUUUAUAUGAGUAGAAUGUGUGUUUUUAUUUAAAAUGCAUCUCUGGGUUAUUUGUGGGGCAUAGGAAUUCAUUCAUUUUUUCCCCUUUUCCUUUUCAAAACAUAGUCUGCCUUCCCCCAAGGUCUGAGGGACAGUGGACUGGCCCCCUGCUGAAAAAGUUUGCUGACCCCUGUUCAAGAGUUAUGAGAGAUGAGAGGUCCAGGAGAACUUUUCCUUACCCACUUUUUCAGCACCAUCAAACAUGCCACUUUGCCCCUGCAAUUGAGGGGGCUGGGGCCAUGUGAUGGAAGCACGCCUCCUCCUUGAAAAUUCAUGGGGGGGGCCCUCGCCCCACUCCAGAUGGCACACCAGAACACCAUGCAUAAUUUACACACUGAUAUCAUAUCUCUUCAUAUAUAGUUUUCUCUAAACAGUUCUAUAGAGGAGUUGCUCCAUCUCCUUGAUGAUUUUGUUUGGCCUUUUCUGAACAUCUUCCAGCUCCACAAUAUCCUUUUUCAAGUGAGGUGACCAGAGUUGUACUUCAAGUGUUAUUGAUUUGUGUAGAUUAUUAUAUUUAUAUUAUAAGAUAAUGGUAUAAUAUUGGUUUUAACUUCUUAUCAACAUAGUAAAUUAAGAACAGAGAGGGUCGGUCUGUUAUAUUAAAUUGGCUGUUGGGAUUCUGCCACAGAAUAAGCAUGAACAAAAACUUGAACAAAAAAUGGAUAAUCACCUAGGAUAUAAUUGAAACCUGUUGACAAGUCUAAGUGAAAUAUGGAAAGAUUUUCAAUAAGUUCUUUUGAAAAAGGAUUACAGCACUUCCUUUGUUGUCUUCUCUGUGCUCUUCAUUCUUUUCUUUUAAAGAAGUCAUGUUAUCUAGCUAUGGAUCUUAUUGCCAAUGUAGGUUAAAGUCACGGGUGAUACUGCUAUGAUAGGAAUAGUAAUCAAGAAUUUGCUUUAUUUUAUUAAAAUGGCCCAAAUGAUGCAAAACAGCAGCAGGGCGUUAUAGUUUUACUUCCUGAUAUAGUACUGCAAAGGCAAGAAAGAGGAGGGUGAACAAACUACUUUGCAUACUCAAGCCACAACUUCUUUUGUUCUUACCUACAUGGGGAGAGCACUUGAGUUAAGAGAAAGCAAUAGGCCAGAGCUGUUUCAUGUGAUUUACGGGUCCUGCCUUAGUGAGAGGCAGGAUGUCAAGCACGCCCUCAGGAACAACUCACAACUGAGUCAACCUGAAGUGAAUGCUACAUCCCAUCCCCAUUUGUUCCUUCUUUUGUUUCUAGGCAACAGGCUGGGGAGCAGAAGCACACUUCUGGAGCCUGCUUUUCCUCCAUUUUCAGUUGGUAAGGUUACCCUGUAUUUGUGUGUUGGUUUGUAAAUAUGCGCUUGUGUGAAUGAGGACUGAGGGGAAGCUACUUGGCUGCAUCAGUACAUGCGACUUCUUUGCCAAGUGCUACAAUCUGAUGGCUAUGAUCAACCCAGAGAGAGGUGUCAAGAGUACAGCCUGCAUAUGCGUUUGUGUGUUUUUAACCAACGUUGAAAAGAACGCCUUUUUUUAAAUACAUAGGGACAGUGCUGCUUGUAAAUGUUAAUAUGCGAUCUAAAGGGCGUGCAUUUGUUGUUGUUGUUGUUGUUUUUAAAAACUGUGUGUAUAUUCCAGCAGGUGUAGGUUUUAUAUUCAGAUUGCAGGCAAAGAGAAUUGGGGGAAUAAAGGGGUGGGGGGUGGGAAGCUUGUGAAAACGUCUCACAAGGCAGUAAUGCGCUUGUUUCCGGCCUUUUAUUGUGCACGUGCUCUCUCUCUCUCUCUCCCCCCAUGGGCAGCUCUCGCCAAGAGGAAUAUUAUAUUCUAAAAGUAGUCAUUGGUUGCUUAGUCGGUGCAGUUGCAACAAGAAGUAAAGGCGAGGCAGGGUUGGCUGCAGAUGACCUUAGGCAACCGCUGUUGCCAGAUCAACGUUUGAAAAAUAAGACGCCCGGUGGCAGUUUGGGAAGCUGCCUUCUAUGUAUUCUGUGGAAUGGACCAUGGAGCUCGGGGAUGUUCUGUAUUCUGACAGUCUGAUCCAUCGCGUUACGCUACCCAAACUGAAGAACCCGGGAGGCUGAAUUUAAAAAGCGUCCUCACUGAAUUUGCUUCGGCCAGUUAAGAGCACGGCUCCUCAAAGCAGUGAGUUCAGUUCUCUCCCUCCUUUCAUAUAAAUGGAUUGAAUCAUAAGGGUUAUAAAGCAUUUAAAUUAUAGCGGCGGUGUUCUUGUUGGAAACGCCAUCUAGAGCAGAUAUUAAAAAAAGGCGCGUGGGUCGUCUUGGCUGCAAAGCCAUUAAACUUUCAGAGGCUGGCGCCUUACUUUCUUAACAGCCAGAGGGGGUAACAGAAUAAUUUGAUUUCCUUCAGAUCUGCAGAUCGACAAUGGUGCUUGGAUUAUUAUGAGGGAGAGGAGUCGUCCCCCGCCCCCCACGCGAUUUUUCUCCUCUAAGUAGCCUUAUUAUGUGACCACUUAACGGCUCCGGGGCUGGGAACGGCAUAUAGCUGAUGAUCGGACAGAGUUGUUCUUGUUUGGUUGUUUAAUCAUAACUUGACCCCAAUUAGAUAUUGCCAAGCGUUGCUUCCGCGUGCGUGUUUGCUGGUUUUGAAGCAGGUUUUGCGCUAUCGAGAUAACGAUCUUAAAAUCGGCUUCGAGGGAGAAUGUGUGCGUUGAUUUUUUUCCCCUUCUACAGAUGGCUGAGGCUACGCGCGCUUUCCCGGCAGGGAAUGCAAUACUAUACUAGAGCAAGUGCUCCGCUCUGUCUCUCCCCGGCUCAACCACGAGGUGAGCGCGUGUAUUUCUUGGUAAUUGCAGCCGGCACUUCCGGUCUGCCCCUCUGUCACGUCCUGCACGUCUGCAUGCGGGAAGACGUCCCCAAGUGCUCUAGCCAGCCUGUGCCAGCAGCCCUCGUGGUCUGGGCGGGGAGGCUCCGGGGUGGAGCCAAAGCCCCAUUGGAACCGCAUUCCAAGCGGAGCCCCCUCCGCCCUCAGAUGCGCCGCCUCCUCUCAGAUGCUCUCCUGGAUCCACCGUGAUCCGAGGAUCCUCGUAAGAGGUUUCCGCUACCAGAUGCCGCACUCCUGCCUUUGCAGCUUUGCAUUAAAAGAUGCAGACUUUACCCCUUGCGCUGCUUGGUCUUUGGUGUGUAAGUUUUCCCCACGUGCCUGUGUGUGUGUGUGUUUAUCCGUAUGGCAACUGAGAGCACUUAAUGCAUCAGAUGAAGUGAGUUGUACUAGUCCACGACAUUUUAUUUUAACGCUUUUAUCUAAACAAAACAAAGUUAGGUAUGAAAUAGACAAUCAAGAAAAAUACAGGUAGAAUAACAGUACAGCAACAUAUUUUAUGCCACACUAUAUUUGUUGGUGUUUAAGGUAUCUUAAGACUGGUGGUUUUUUAAAUGGCACAGUGAAGCCUUUGGAAAGUUGUCUGCCUCCUAUUCUGUGGGACUGUGAAGCACCGCUUGCCUUUAAGGACUUACCACAGUGUAGUGGUAAGUCCUUAAAGGGAAGCGGUGGUUCUUUUCUAAAAUGAGAGGUGCUCCAGCCACCCUAGAAAUCCCAUUUUUGACCCAAAUCCUGCUCCCUAUUUGCAAGUGGAUGAGGGCACCCAUUUCAGGGGUAUAUACCGGUAAUCCCUGCAUGUCUUCACAGGCAUAUAGUCCUGACAUUCACAAUAGCUGCUAAGAGAGCAUCGCUGUAAGCAAGCCCUGACUCUAGCCCUGCAUGCAGGACUGGCCUUUGGGAAUUUUGAAGGUCAUGUGCUAAGUGGGCACUGAUGUCCCCCUAUAUGAUGUUACAGAGGAGAUAAAAUUCUAGUUGCUUUAAAAAUGAGGUCCAAUUAAACAACCUCCAGCCAAGGCUAAUGCUUAGUACAUUACAGGUAGGUAGCCGUGUUGGAAGUGUGCAUGCACAUACAGUACCAAUAACAAAUGUAGUUGGUCUCUAAGGUGCUACUGGAAGGAUUAUUUUUUUUUAACAUUAAUCCAGUCCCUCUCAUUCAGUGUCAAUGUACACCACCUGUAACUCUUUCUUACCUAGUAGACUAGAAUUAAUAUGCUUUUAAAAGAACCCUCCUGUUCUUUCUAUUGGAAGAUUCUUUCAGUGCCAGUAGCGUGCUGGUCACUGUGCAGAGAGCACAAACAUUACAUAACACUGCUUGCUUUGAAAUGGCCGUGCUUUAUUGCGUAAUAACACCACAGCUCUGCAGUACGUACAGGAGAGUCAGUGGUGGCGUUAUGAGAUGGAGUGCUGAAAUUGGUCAGGCAGAUGCAGGUUUUAAAUCUCUGCUCAACCAUAAAGCUCAUUGCGUGACCUUGGGGCAGUCCCUGCUCCUGUUUACAGAGACAACGGGGAGAAAAAAACAAUGCACGUGCGGUACCUGAACUCCCUGGGGAUGUGUGUGCAAUAAAAGUGGAAUUAAAGCCCCCUGCUCAGCACAAUCUGCACAGAGAUUUUCCUCAUAGGAUAAGGCUGCCAAGGAGCUACAAGUCAUGAUGGUUUUGUGUACUGCUUCCAGUACUGGAUGUGGUACCCCUCUGAUUAUCAGAGAUUGCGGAUCACUCUUUGUGUGGUACUAAUGUGCUGCUCACCUGGUUGGCCGUUGUGAGAACAAGGUGCUAUGCUAUAUGGGUCACUGGCCGGAUCCAGCGGGGCUCUUCUUAUUGUCCUUAAUAUUCUCAAUAUGUGCACACUUCCUUGGAAGCAUGUCCCAUGAUAAUGGCUGGGAUUUUCUUCUAAUUAAGCAUGCAUAGAUUGUAAGAGUUGUACUGGACCCCAAAAGCAAAAUACAACAAAACAAAACAAAAAGCCAGACUUGUGGAAGGAGCUGCAUAGUCUGGGGAAUACAUUAGGACUUAGAUCUCUAAAUAGAUUUUUUCCCCUUUGCUUUUUAAUUGUACUUUGCAGUAGCAACAUUCUGGCCACCAAAAUAUAAUGGAUGAAUGAGGAAAAACCAGAAGUCAGCUUUUCCAUUCAUACGUUACGCUCACUUGUGUUAAGAUGUUUCUAUAUCUCCAGGCACUAGAAAUAUGCUCCCCACCUCUGGGGUUUGGGAAAAUCCUGGGUGGCUUUUCCAAAUUUUACAACCCCUGAAGCUUUUGUUGAUUAAAGUAGUGGCUCUUGUAGUGGCAGGUAGUGGACACAGCUGUUCCCCUCUACAGUGAGAUUUUGAGCCACUCUUGCUUAUCGCGAAUUGUCUCUUUUUUGGCACUGGUAAAGGACAACUUGAUAUGACAGAAUCUGUAUGGGGAACAAUAAAGUAAAAUGGAGGAGAAUGUCUUUCGUUCUGGAUUAAAGCAAAUCCCAUGUGUCAUUCCUCUUUAAAAAUGUGUUUUCUUGAAUUAAACUCUCCUAGGAAUAGGCUUAGCCUUAAUUUGGAAAAUGGCAUCAGUGUUCUGCUGAAAUCCACAUGGGAGUUCAUAAUUCAUUUUCAUUUAAUGUGUUAAAUGAGAGGCAAAUCACACAAAUUAAUGAACUCUCAUAUAAUUGUCUUGGCAAGGAUAUGCACAGUAGAAAAUUAGUGUUGCGUGAUUUGGAGGGGGAAAUGGGCAGGGAUUUAUAGGUAGACAAUUCUGGUAAAGGCCAGAGUUUCUGGUUGCACAUUACACCAAUUCUUAUUCCUGUAGAGGACAUUUGUCUCACAAUCUUAGACUGUCUGCUCAGAAGCCCCAUUCAAUUCAAUGGCAUUGGGUACUGUAUUGCAACCUCAGUACCUUAUUCAUAGGCAGAGGAGAAAAUGAGUUGGAAGAUGAGGAAGGAGAAAAUGAGAUGAUUUGAAGGAAAGGAGAGGAGGAACACCCACAUUUUAUAAGGUAGAACCUGGAAGUUGAGUUGAAGAUGAAACAAAGGAGGAUGGGAAAUAGGGACGUUUCUAAUGAUAAGAUGGUUGAUAUAACACAGGGAUGUCCAAUUCCCAAGAGACUGCGAUCUACUCCCACUAUAAAAAAACUGGCAAUCCCAUUGGAUUGACCAAAGUUGUUGAAGUUGUUGAGCUUUUUUUUGGGGGGGGGGAGUUGCUGAGCUAUUUUGGGGGAGACAACAACAUAGUUGCUGAGAUUUUUGGGAGGAGAAAUCGCCUAAGUUGUUGAGCUUUUUUAUUGGGGGGGCCAUCACUCAGGAUUACAUGAUUGACCAGGGACGCCCCGUGAUCGACCGGUAGAUCGCGAUCAACCGGAUGGACAUGCCUGAUAUAACAGAUAAAAGAAGAGCAGGGAAUGAAAAUUUAUAAUCCCACAACUGUAGCAGAUGUGAGCAGAUCAUUCCUGCUUCCCCAUCUCUCAGAUGUUUAUUGUACCCUUCUGGCUGAAAACAGACCCUCAAGGGACCACCUCACGUGUGUGUGUUCGUUCUCUCGUUCUCUCUCUCUGGUAAUUAGGGGAGGCCCAGCUCUAAAUGUCCUGACUUUCAGGAGCAAAGCUGGUACCCCCCACCCAAUAAAUUAAUGUAAAAUUAAAUAAAUUGAAAAACAGAACAAUCAACUAUCAGUACAAUUUAAAAAAGCAGAACACUAAAGAACAAAUAGGUAAAGGUAAAGGGACCCCUGACAAUUAAGUCCAGUCGCGAACGACUCUGAUCCUAAAUCCCUCUGAAAUUAUCCGGCUUUUAAUGUUUUCAUAAAAGUUGUGAAUCUGAGGAAACUGAGUAGAUAGCAAGUUCCAUAGGAUAGAAGGUACCAGAUACGUUCCUGACCCUAAGCACCUGUGUGUGUGUGUGUGUGUGUGUCUAUACAUAUAUGAGGUGAUACCUAAUGUAUCCUGGGUCCAGGCCAUUAUGGCCUGAAAGGUUAAGACUCCACACCGGCAAAAAGUUAGAAACCACUGGAGCACUUUCAAAAUGGAUGAUGUAACAUGCUUUUAGCAGUUAGCACUUGCAAAACACAGGGCAGCUGCACAUCCCACUAUCUUAAAUGUUCCCAAGCAUUCAUUAAAGCAGCCCUAAGGCAGUGCUUUCUUUUCACAGCCAGUGAUUUAAACAGCAUGAAGUGUAGAUGAAGGGGGGAGAGCAGGAGAUGACCAAACUAUCCCUCAAUGACCCAACUAUCAGCUGCUGGCUUACCUGAAGAGGCGUGCAAGAGAAAGCAAUGCACAGUGGUCAGUGGCGUAGUGUGGGUUGUCAGCACCCGGGGCAAGGCAAGUAAUUUGCACCCCCUAACCCGUGGAUUUGCACCCCCUAACCCUAACCCCCAGAUGUUGCGCCCGGCCCCCCCUGCACCCCCCACGCUACGCCACUGACAGUGGUUGAAUACAGGUCAGAAAUCAUCAUCUUGCUGCAUUGCUAGAAGUCAGAUAGUGUCGUACUUCAGAAAUAUCCUGGCUAGAGGAUUUUCAGGGAUGAAGAUUACUCCUGGGGAUGGAGGAUAGGAUGGCAAAAUAUCCAGCUGAAGGAAGUCCCUUAAGUCAGGAGUUCAAGGGUUUCAUUCAGGUGGUCCAUGGCGUGUCCACAUUAUUCAUUCAUUAAUUCCAUUUUUGUUGCUUCUUUUAUUUGUUGUGUUUUAUUGCAUUACAAUUUAAAUUCCACAGAAUUUAAAUUGUAAUACAGAGUAGGAAGUAAAAGCAGCCCCUAGCAAAGUGCAACACCAUUACCACAAAAGACAGAAAAAUCUUUCAGUGAUCUGCUGAGGCCCACAGCAAUUUUGUAGUGGUCUGCGGGGCUGGGGGGUGGGCAAAGAGGUUGGGAGCCACUGCCUUAAGUCAUUUCGCUUGGCAGGCAGAUGGCUGCAUUUUGGAAGUGAGAAAGGGCUCAGGAUGGGGGAUGGAGAAGAACCCUGUCACCGAUGAAUGACUGAUGUGAUGAUGAAUGCCAAGUCUUCUUCAUAUGCUAUGUACAUAGGGAAGUUUAUUAGCUGGGUUUCUGCCUGAGUUGCUGUCAGGCAGAACGGUGCAGGAGAAGAAUGAGCAGCUGGCUGUGAGUAGGUGUAUGCAUGGAUGGAUGCAAGUUUCUAUGGGGACAGAAUAGCUUAUCUCCUCCAAUACCAGAUCUGUUUUUGAGAGGAAGGGGGAAAGGAUUUUCAUAAAGGUCUCCUGCAGCAAGACCCGAUGGCUUAUGGGUACUGAGUGCUUUUGUUUAUCUUUAGUGAAGCUGUCUGGAGCCAAUAUAUAUUUAGAUUCAGAUAUAGAUUUGCUGUCCCUGGAAAGUGCAUCCAUGCCAGAUAGCAAGCAAAUUACCUGGUACUCUUGCAUAUACAAACAAAACCUGAUAAAAGCAUUAUGUAGUGCUGGUUUUUGCAGCUACAGUUCAGGAGCAAUACCAUGAUGAAUUGCCAAACAAUUUAAUUGGCAGGCUGGCGGAACAUGUGAGAAAGCCAGGGGCUUCUUUCUGAGAAAACUGCUUUCCCCCCCUUCCACUUUACUAAAGCUAUAACUCAGAUGGUGGACUUAGGCAUUUGUUCCCUUGUUAGUACUUUUGUUUUUCAGCUUCUUGUGAUAGUGAGUGAUGGUUCAAAUCCAACCCUUUUUUCUAGAAAAACCCCCCACCAUACUCCUGUUAAACACUGAUUGAUUUAAUAGCCCAUCUGCCUACUUAGACAUUUUGCUGAUGGAUAUUUGAUUGACAAGAGCAUAAACUCUGUUGGGCAGUUAAGAGAGGGACCUCAGAUAACCCUUACUGUAAGUUCACUAGCGGAGACUCAGAGGAUAUACGUUAGGAGUGCGUAUAGGAAGUCAAACGUCAGUGCCAGAAAAUGUGGUUUCAUUGUAGAUUGGGUAAGGAUCUGGAUGAUACUGGGGAAAAGAAUUUCCACUCUUCUUGUUGCAGUAAUAAAACAGCAAGCCUUACAGUACAAUAAUGACACUUGCCAAAAUGUGGGCAUCUUCAGCAUUCCUUCAUUUUUUUUAUGGAAAGGUGACUGUUUUGCUGUUCAAGGCCCAAAGUCUCCCUGGGCACAUGGAACAUGUCGCCUCAUUCUUUGGAUCGUGCCGUUUAUAAUCGGAGUGUUGCUUUCAUGCCGGUUUCAUGUUCUAACUUUAUGUAACUCAAGACAGCCUGUGUAUUUGUUGCAACCGAAUCUUCUCCAGCAGAGAUGAUGAAGGAAAAGCAUUUGGAUGUUUUCCUCCUGAAAGAGCAGCUUCAUGCAAUAGAUCUGCUCUGGAAGGCUCUGCCAGGUUUAUUUCUGGAGCUUGACCGUGAGAUUGUUUCUUGUAAAUUGUGCAGCCCUGGGCCUAAAUGUCACAGAAAGGACUCUGAUUGAUCACAUACUCAUCACCCAGCCGUCUAGACAUCAAGUGACUUCAUUUGCAGCUCUUGCAGGGUCAAAUGAAUCAUAUAGCAUGUAAUAAUUUCAUGGCCAUUGUCUUGCAAGCAGUAGGUAUUGCUUAGAGAUAGACAUAUUUAAUACAGCAAAUAACUGGAUCCACUGCCUUUGUUCCUUGACUGGUAGCAUGUGGGGACAUAGGAAGCUACAGUAUCUUGUACCUAAUCAGACUACCGGUAUUUGUUUAUCUAGUCCAGUAUUCUUUGAUUUGGCUGGCAGCAGCUCUCCAGCCUCUCAGAAAGAGAAAGGUCUUCCAAAUAAUUUGCUACCUGAUCCUUUAAACUGGAGAUGCUGUGGACCUUAUGCAUAUAAAGCAGCACAACCGCUGAGCUCCUGACCCUUCUGAAGCUGGGGACUUUUAAGUGAUUUUUGCCAUUAGCCAAACAGAAAGUUAAUCUGUUCUGGAUAAAUUUAUUAAACAAAAGGAAUAGAAUUAACAAUAUAUUAACAAUUAACAAUUAACACCUGCCUCCUUGAUCCGUGCCCAUCUUGGCUGAUUAGGGACCCCCCUGGUUGAAAUUAUCAAUUUGUCCCUUGACACUGGGACAUUCCCAGGGGAACUGAAGGAAGCAGUAGUGUGUCCACUCUUAAAGAAAACUUUAUUAGAUCCCUUAGAUCUAUCCAAUUACCACCCAGUUUCAAAUCUUCCAUAUCUGGGUAAGGCAAUUGAGAGAGCGGUUGCUGAACAGCUUGGUAGGUUUCUGGAGGAAACAUCGGCUUUAGAUCCAUUUCAGUCCGGUUUCCGUCCUGGUUUUGGGACCGAGAUGGCUCUGGUUGCCCUAACAGAUGAUCUCCGUAGACAACUGGAUCGAGGCGGGUCAGGACUGCUGAUCCUUUUAGAUUUGUCAGCAGCCUUUGACAUGGUCGAUCAUGAUCUUCUGGAUCACCACCUCGCAGAUGUGGGGAUACAGGGCAUAGCCCGUAACUGGCUGUGCUCUUUUAUCUCUGGUCGGGGACAGAGGGUGGCACUAGGGAGGGAAAUGUCGUCGCACCAUUCCUUGGUGUGCGGAGUGCCACAGGACGCAAUUCUCUCCCCAAUGCUUUUUAACAUCUUUAUUGUUAUCCGGAGCUUUGGGCUGGGCUGUUACCAAUUUGCUGAUGACACUCAGCUCUGUCUGCUGAUGGAUGGCCACACCGACUCGGCCCCGAACACACUGACCAGAUGCUUGGAAGCUGUGGCUGGAUGGUUUCGUGGGAGCCGAUUGAAACUAAAUCCUUCGAAGACAGAGGUCCUAUGGCUGGGUUGGGAUGGCAUGGCAUGGAUCUGAUUUCUUUCCGCAGGGCCUGUAAGACAGAGUUGUUCCGCCUGGCCUUUGGCUUGGAGCCAAUUUGAUUCCCUCCCUCUCUUUCUUUUUUCCUUUCCUUCUCCUCCUGCGAUGAGGCUACAUUUUAAUAUUUUAAUGUCUCAAUAUUUUAAUGUUGCAUUUUAAUUUUGUUUUUAAGUUGUAAUCAUUCAACUUGUUUUUAUUAUUGCUUGUAAGCCGCUCUGAGCCCGGCCUUGGCUGGGGAGGGCGGGGUAUAAAUUAUUAUUAUUAUUAUUAAUAAUAAUAAUGUUUAUGUGCUGCUUAAUAUGUGAGAUCCCUAAACAGUUUACAGUGGUACCUUGGGUUACAUACGCUUCAGGUUACAGACUCUGCUAACCCAGAAAUAGUACCUCGGGUUAAGAACUUUGCUUCAGGAUGAGAACAGAAAUCGUGCUCCGGCGGCGCGGCAGCAGCAGGAGGCCCCAUUAGCUAAAGUGGUGCUUCAGGUUAAGAACAGUUUCAGGUUAAGAACGGACCUCCGGAACAAAUUAAGUACUUAACCCGAGGUACCACUGUACAUUAAAUACAAUAAAAUCAUUUUAAAAAGGAAAGGGAAAUCUUAAUAAUAAAAGUAACAACAACAACAACAACUUUAUUAUUUUUACCCUGCCCACCUAGCUGGGGUUCCCCAGCCACUCUGGGUGACUUCCAGCACAUAUAAAAACACAAUAAGAUGUCAAACAUUGAAAACCCCCUGGCACAGGGCUGCUUUUAGAUGUCUUAUCAAAGUUGUGUAGUUCUUUAUCCCCUUGAAUAAUUACCGUAUUUUUCGCUCUAUUGGACGCACCGGACCAUAGGACGCACCGGAUCAUAGGAGGGGGAGAACAGGGAAAAAGAUUUUUUUUCUUGUUCUCCCCCCCCAAAACAAGGUGCGUUCAAGGUACAUUCACCAGAGCUUGUGGGGCUGGCAGUGGGGGGAAGCGCUGCUUUCCCCCACCGCCAGCCUCAAAGAUCCCUGAAGCCUUUGGAGCGCAGCGCCCCGCUGCCCUGCAGAGGUUUGCGCGCAGCCGUCCCCAAGCUAGAGCAGCGAGAGGGAGCCCUCCGUCUCGCUGUUCUGGCUUGGGAACCGCCUUGCUUGGUUCUGCUGGACAGGGGGUUGUAGGCUCCCAGCUGCCCUGCAGAGGUUUGCUCGCAGCCCUCCCCAAGGCAGAACAGCGAGAGGGCUCCGUCUCGCUGCUCUAGCUUGGGGACGGCUGCGCGCAAACCUCUGCAGGGCAGCGGGGUGCCUUCACCCGCUGUCCUGCAGAAGCUAGCAGGCUGUUCCCAGCCAGAACAGCGAGACGGAGGGCUCCUCUCGCUGCUCUAGCUUGGGGAGGCUGCGCGCAACCUCUGCAGGGCAGCGAGGUGCCUUCACCCCGCUGUCCUGCAGAAGCUAGCAAGGCUGUUCCCAAGCCAGAACAGCGAGACGGAGCGCUCCGCAGUGCUCCGUCUUCCUGUUCUGGCUUUGGGCUUAGCGGCGCAGCCUGCAUUCGCUCUAUAGGACGCACAAACAUUUCCCCUUAGUUUUUGGAGGGGGAAAUGUGCGUCCUAUAGAACGAAAAAUACGGUAUUAUUAUUUUACUAUAUAAAGCAUUAUGAUCAGGAAUACAAAGAAAUACAUUGAUUGAAAGGAGAAUCCAUCAAAACAUUCAGCAAAACAGAGCCCUCAAUGAAUCUUACGAGCCUGGAAAAUUUUGCCUAAACAAAUAGGUCAGGGAGUGUUAAAGUUUGCCACUGUUUGUAAAUGUGGGUAUAUAAAUUUAUCCACAUAUUUAAUGAUUGGAAAAAUAUCAACAAAACCAAACAACCAAAGCAUUAUUUGGACCUUACAGUUUAACAGGUCUGUGACCGUGUAAUAAAUGAUUGAUAGAUAGUUGUCACGGUUGUACAUAAGACCAGUGUGUGAGCAGGCCUGUGCCAAGAAGCCCUCACAUACAGUGAGAAUGUCUGCCUUCACAGAAUUGCCCAUAUGGGGAGCGGGGAGACUAUGUGCAGCUCUGUACUUACAGCGGUCUUACAUGUGAGUAUAACUUCUGAAUAGGGCACAGCUCUCUGCUCUAAUGGUACUAUAUUCAUACACAUUUUGCAUGCUGACAUUUACAGUUAUCGCUGGUUUAAGAAAUGACUCUGCUAUGUAGUAUUCAUCCAAAAUGAAUUGGGUGAAGCCAGGUGGAAGUUGUCCUUUGGAAGAUCUAUUCAUAGGAGAAACACAUCCAAACACUUACUGCAUCAGAUAGAUAGAUAGAUAGAUAGAUAGAAUAUUAUAACAACAAGGAGAGCUUGGUCGGUUAGAGCUUGGUGCUGAUAAUGUCAAGGUUGCAGGUUCGCUCCCCAUUCCCCAUACUGUACAGCUCCAUAUUCCUGCAUUGCAUGGGGUUGGACUACUAGAUGAUCCUCAGGGUCCCUUCCAACUCUGCAAUUCUAUAAUUCUAUAAAUAUCCCAUUUCUGUCUUCUGCAAAUCUUGCUCAAAAAGGACCUCCCACUUUCUGCUCUCCAAGUACACAGCUAUACAGAUGUUAAUGCAACAAUAACUGGUAGACAGUGGGGCUGGUCCACUAGGGAGAACGAGUCACUGUCCCAUCAACUUCAGUCUGCCAUCAGCUAGCCCCCACUUGUCUGUCUCCUUACUUGCAACCAGUCCAAGGGUUGUUCACUGCUUGUCAGAGCUUCCUCUACCUUAGUCUCAGUGCUGGCCUUAUAGAACUCAGCAAGUUGGCUCUGUCUGUUGAUCUCCCUGCCUUCCACCCUACUGAUCCCAAUGGGCACCAGUCACCACUGCUGGGAAUAGGGCAGACCUUUUUCUGCGUAAGAGACCACUUCAUCUAAAAAGCUAGCCUUGCCUUCCAUAGGACGUCUGCUUUUAUGGCCCUACUGUAUUAAAAUUAUUCAUUGCAUAACCAAGACUGAGCUGAUCAUAUCUUAUGGUACUGAUGGAAUAUUUAAAUACAUUUCUUUUAUGUCUUAGGAAACAGAUAAAAUCUCAUCAUGGGAGCUGUGGUGGUUGACGAUGGUCCUAGCGGAGUUAAAGCCCCAGAUGGCGGCUGGGGCUGGGCUGUUCUCUUUGGGUGCUUUGUCAUCACGGGAUUCUCCUAUGCCUUCCCAAAGGCCAUGAGCGUCUUCUUUAAAGAGCUUAUCCGGGAGUUUGGUGUUGGAUACAGUGACACUGCGUGGAUCUCCUCCAUUCUGUUGGCUAUGCUUUAUGGAACAGGUAAGUACUUACAACAUUCUAAAACUGGGUAGUAAAUACAUCAAAGAAGCAUAGUACUCUAUUUUAUUUUAUUUUUAAUAUUUAUAUAUAUUAUAAAGGGUGGCUUUUACAAUAAAAUAGUUUGUUCCCCAAACCAAGAAAACAAGGGCAUGAAAAAUAAGCAAGUCUAUAAAGGUAGCAUUAAAAUACACUAGUUGGAAUAAAACAGACUGAAGGUGAAGGGACCCCUGACCAUUAGGUCCAGUCAUGACCGACUCUGGGGUUGCGGUGCUCAUCUCGCUUUAUUGGCCGAGGGAGCCAGUGUACAGCUUCUGGGUCAUGUGGCCAGCAUGACUAAGCCGCUUCUGGCGAACCAGAGCAGUGCACGGAAACACCGUUUACCUUCCCGCUAGAACGGUCCCUAUUUAUCUGCUUGCACUUUGAUGUGCUUUCGAACUGCUAGGUUGGCAGACUAGCACAAGUCAAAAAGUUCAAAAUAGUAAUAAGAUCUAUUCCAGGUGCUGGGAAAACAUCCAUGUAGGUGCCAGGUUCUAAUGCUGGGGUGCCACACUUGAAAAGUCUCCUUUCCUAGUGAUCACCUGUCAUGGCUCAGGUGGCAGCGGAACUGGAAAAAGCUCUCUGAAUAUGAUCUAAAAUAGCGUGGAGAACCUUUUGGGGCCAGAUGGGACAACUUUGGCAGGUGGGUGUGAUAACCCACAUGGUACUCACCCUAUGUCAUGGGCAGUGAGUUCAAGCCUGCUUUCUGCAGUGGUCAGCCACAUGAUUAAAUUCACCAAGGGGAACUUGGUUACACAACAGAUCCACUGGGCUUAAACUCACUGACAGGCUUGAACUCACAUCGAUCCAUUGGGCUCGAACUCACACUGACCUACAGCAAAGGAACCAUCAGGAGCUUGCUUUAAGCUCCCAAUAGUUCCUUGGUAGUCACAUUGGUACCUGCUCCAUCCCUGGAAUCACAAAUGGUGCCAGGGGUGGGGCAGGUGGGUGUGGUUUAUAAUGGAAAUGUUAAGGCUACCAAUAUCUGUACACAUUAAAAAAAAGAAAGCUAACAUUCUCAAGUAUCCUCCAGAUGUGUUGGGUAAGCACCAGCAAUCUAGAGCCUUGGUCAAAUGAAAAGGACCAUAUGUGGUGGAUAUGUAGGAAAAUACAGGUAUUCUGGGAGAGUAUACAUGCAGAACUGCAAAAAAUGCUAAAGAUCUCUUCCAAUAAAAAACCAGAGGCCUACCUCCUGGGAAUAACAGAUUUGGAUAUUCCACAAAAGAGGAAGGGUAUCUUUUAUAUGCGACGGCGGCAGCAAGAGUUUUGAUCGCAGCAAAAUGGAAGAGUAAUGAAAUCCCCUCUAUACAAGAUUGGAUCCAAAAGCUGACAGAAUAUGCCGAAUUAGAUGGUUUAUCAGAAAAAAUAAAGAAUAAAUCAAAACAGGAAUUUGUUUCUAAAUGGGAGGUUUUCAAAGAAUAUCUGAAAAAUAAAUAUAGUAGUUUAAAUUCUGUUGCAGCAUUCGAGGAACUUCAGUAAUAGUUGCUAGGUAGAUAGAAGAAAUUAGAUUUAUUGAGAAUAAGUUUAAUUAUGAAAAAAAUGUGUAUUGGCAAUAAGUAAUAUGAAUUUGAAAUAUGGAAUAGACGGGAAGUUGGGUCUUUAGUGUUAAGACCAAUAGAUGUUUUAUUGUUUACCAAGAAAAUUAUGUGUCUAUGGUUAUUUUUGUAAUUUGUGUGUAAUUUGGUAUUUGUGUUUUUUGUGUGUGUUUUUUUCUUGUUGUAUAAAUAAAUAUUUAAAAAAAAGAAGAAAAAAGAAAAGGAGAUGGAAAAUGGAAUCUGACGUCUUCUGACUCAAGGUCUUCAGACAACUGAAUCUGGGAGGGCCUUAUGAGAAGAAAUACAAACCGCAACUGAUAGAUAUAUUAAUGAUCUGGGAAGUUACAGAAACAAACAUCUUACCCAUUCUCUCUUUUGCUCAGGGCCCCUGUGCAGUAUGUGUGUCAAUCGGUUUGGUUGCCGUCCUGUUAUGCUGGUCGGAGGCCUCUUUGCUUCAUUGGGGAUGAUCACUGCUUCCUACUCCACUAAUAUAAUACAGGUCUACCUUACCGCUGGUGUCAUUACCGGUAAGUGCCAGUGUCCAAGAACCAGCCAGUGGGCUGACUGUGUUACAUGUAGCUAUGUUAGUGGUUGCAAUAGCUUGUGAGAGAGGGUGAGCCAAUGGGGGGGGCAUGUGGUAUGGCAUCUCUUUGAUGUGCUAGUUUUGUAUUUGUGGGGAGACGUGUAUGUAGGGGAGCACUGAUCCCUUAAUGGCAUUCUUAAAUGGUACAGUUUCACAUUGCAUGCACUGGUGUAAAGUAGGUCUCUCAUUCACAACGCCCUUUCUGUCUACCACUUCCUGACAUUUUCUAAAGCACUCCUUUUACCAUAUGCAUUCUCUUUGUUGACUGGCCUCAGGCGUCUUCUCACUUCCUUGCAGUCAAACAUCAGUUACCAUUCUUGGUUCCUCUGCCAGGUCAGUGAGGUGCCUUGCUCACAACUAUCCACACGUAGCUGCAAGUGUGAGUCUGUUGCUGGUUGUAGGGCCCUUCCAAACUGGAUUUGUUUUUGCAGGUGGGUUCUGCAAGACUGCAUCAAUGCAUCAGUGCGUUAGUGAUGGAUCUAUACUGAACUGUCCACACACCAUUUAUUUGUUGUUCAGCGAUGAUUCCCCAAUGUUGUUGCAUUAUUGUUGUCUGGAGCACUACCCUUGCACUAUGGCGCAACAAGAUGGGGGUGGGGAUGGGAAACAUGGGACACUUGUGGUAUGAAAAGAUACAGGAUUUCAGCAGGAAGUUGAAUCAGAACAUGCACUGAUUGAAAAUAAAGUGGUAUGUCCGCCCUGAAAUUUUGUUGGUGGAAACAGUAUUGAAAGAGGGAUUGUGUAUAGGUGUCCCAACACCAUCAUGAACACAGAUAAUUAUAAAUGCAUAAUAAAAAGGAUGGGGGGGGUGCCUUCAUUCCCAUAAGUGUAUCUGUGAUUGAUAGGCAUCAGGUACAAAAUGAAAUCAAAUGAGAUCUCUCAUAUAUUUAUGUGAUUACUAUGGUUCCUUUUUUUUUUUGGUGGGUUAGAAAAUGGAAUAUUUCUUCCCCUUAAAAUAGGCACAAAGCAAGACUGGUUCUGUAUGUGUGAAAAGAGCUAGUCCAGGUAUGAGCAGGUUAUAGUUUCCCUUGAAAUCAAGAUGCAGUGCUAAGCGUGUAAGGACAAAAGAAGUAAUUAUAAUUUAGCUAUUUUGAAGUUACUCUAUUUUAUCAAAGCAACUAGAAAAAAUAUAUAUUGUGAUGGGAAGAUCUCACACAGGUGAAGGGAAGCAGUGGGGAGGAGGGGACGGUUAGGUUGAAUUUGGGAAAUAAAAUAAUACAUGGGACAGCAAAGGAUUCUUAUAGAAUAGUAUAGAUAUACUUGUAUAGAUAUACUUAUAGAUUCUUAUAGUAGAUAGUAUAGAUAUAGAUAUAUAGUAUAGAUAUACUUAUAUACUUAUACUUAAUAGUAUAGAUAUACUUAUACUUAAUAUACUUAUAUACUUAAUAGUAUAGCUAUACAUAUAGACUUAUAGAUUCUUAUAGAAUAGUAAUAUAUUGUAACCAGAAUAGAAGUUUAAAAGGGGAAAUAAAGGUACUUUUAGUAUUCAUUAUUGUAAUAGUUAUUAUUAUUUCUUAUUGGUAGAAGGCAAUGUUAAUUUAGACUUCUUUGUUUUGCUGUCUGUUUUUUUUCUUUUUUAAGCCAAUAAAAAUGAAAAAAAGGAAAGAAAUCAAGACGCAGUGAAUCUUACCAGACUUGAUCCAGGUUUUUCCAUGUUUCAUGGAAAUAUAGACUGUAAAACCUUAAAAUCUGCCCUUUUAAAUUCCUUCCAAAGUUUCCCACUUCCCCAGCAGGGAAAAAGACCACACUUUUGGUAACUUAAAAAUGUUUUACUUACAAACUCUCCAAAGGUCAGCUUGAUGUGCUUUUCCAUACAGCAUUCAGAAAAGUUGCACAGGUGGUAAAACUUAGCUUAGUUCGAAAGUGGUAAAAGUUCCUACAUUCUUGGUAUAGGAAUUCAAGAGUACUUGGUUGAGAGCCAUGUGGUUGAGCUGGAACAACCAGCUCAAAUCUCUUUGGGGGUUCUCUAGUAGACUGAGGGGCAACAAUAGGCUUGAUUACCCAUUUCCUUCCAAGAUAAAGGAAGUGACCCAGCUAAGCCUGGCAGGAUAGCUUACUCUAUGGUAUUAACCCUUUCAUACAUUAAUUAGACUUAAGCAUAUUGGCUAUAUGAGGCUGGUUAUAUGAGGCUAGUCUUCCUGCACAGGUUUGGACAAGAGCAUGCAGCCCUUAAAGAUAUGCUGAUGUCUUUGGCCAUACCCCAAACCGUAUCCUGGGCUAUUUUUGUAUCUUGAGCUGUGAAUUGCUCACCUGCAGCGCCUGCAGUAUAGAGCACUCCUGUUAUAUAUGCUGAAUGUUGUUCCUGAUUUAAACUCUGGCAUCUGUUCUGUUUCAGGACUGGGCCUGGCGCUCAAUUUCCAGCCGUCGCUCAUCAUGCUGAAUCGCUACUUUAGCAAAAAGCGACCUUUGGCCAAUGGGUUGGCUGCAGCUGGAAGCCCUGUGUUUCUUUGUGCUCUUUCCCCCUUGGGGCAGCAACUACAGCAUGAGUAUGGAUGGCGAGGAGGAUUUCUCAUCUUGGGGGGGUUGCUUUUGAACUGCUGUGUUUGUGGAGCUCUGAUGAGACCGUUGGAUGCUCCUAAAAAACCUGACGCUUCCCAAGCGGCCCCUGAGAAGCAAAUCAAGAAAAAGCUACUGGAUUUCAGUGUCUUCAGAGAUCGUGGCUUCGUAAUCUAUACAGUAGCUGCAUCCAUCAUGGUGCUGGGCUUAUUUGUGCCCCCGGUCUUUGUGGUGAGCUAUGCUAAGGAUAUGAAGAACCCAGACGGCAAAUCAGCUUUACUUCUGACCAUUCUUGGAAUGAUUGAUAUCUUUGCUCGGCCCAUUUGUGGAAUAGUGGCUGGCUUGAAGUGGGUUAGGCCCCGUUGUGUCUACCUCUUUAGCUUUUCUAUGCUCUUUAAUGGUUUUACUGAUCUCAUGGGGUCCAUGGCCUACAAUUAUGAUGGACUGGUGGUCUUCUGCAUUUUCUUUGGCAUUUCCUAUGGAAUGGUUGGUGCUCUUCAGUUUGAAGUUCUCAUGGCUAUUGUUGGCACACAGAAGUUUUCCAGUGCCAUUGGUUUAGUUCUCCUGAUGGAGGCGAUGGCCGUUCUAAUUGGACCACCUUCAGCAGGUAAAUGUUACAUUCAGUUCAUUUGCUGUUUGUCAAUUAAGGGAUGGGGCAGGUUUAUGGGGAAAGACAGAAAAGUGAUGGCAAUUACCAUGGGAUGCAAUUUCUUUUAUUUUGAGGCAAUGAACAACAGGCUUAGUUUUGGGUGGCGCUGUGGUCUAAACCACAGAGUCUAGGGCUUGCCGAUCAGAAGGUCGGCAGUUCGAAUCCCCGCAACAGGGUGAGCUCCCGUUGUUCAGUCCCAGCUCCUGCCCACCUAGCAGUUCAAAAGCACGUCAAAGUGCAAGUAGAUAAAUAGGUACCGCUCCGGCAGGAAGGUAAACGGCGUUUCCGUGUGCUGCUCUGGUUUGCCAGAAGCGGCUUAGUCAUGCUGGCCACAUGACCCGGAAGCUGUACGCCGGCUCCCUCGGCCAGUAAAGCGAGAUGAGCGCCGCAACCCCAGAGUCGGCCACGACUGGACCUAAUGGUCAGGGGUCCCUUUACCUUUACCUUACAGAUUUGUUGGCCCCAUGGCUACGUUAAGAACAUAAGAAGAGCCUGCUGGAUCAGACCAGUGACCCAUCUAGUCUAGUAGCCUUCUCACAGUGGCAACCAGAUGGCUAUUAGGAAACAGGACUUGAAUACAACCACACUAUCCACUCCUCUGGUUCUUGGCAACUGGUACUCAGAAGCAUGCUCAGAAGAACAAAGACAUGUGCAAGAGCAGACUGAGGAUCAGGGACAAGGUGGAGUGGUUGUGGUUACAGGCCAGCUUUGUCAAUCAGCCAAGAAGUAGCGCACUCACAUGUACCAUACUGAAAGUUAAAAAUAAAGAGCUAUCAGAAUUCAUAGGGAUUCUAAAUUUAUUGAAAAUGUUUCUUCAAAUUAAGAGAGUUGGGAACUUAGAGAAUGGGUUUGAUUGAACAUGUUGUUGAUGAAGCUGUGAAUUUUCUCUUCCAGGGAAAGUCUUGGACGCAACACACAAAUAUAUGUAUGUUUUUAUUAUGGCUGGCGUUGAAGUGGUCACUUCGGCUUUGGUGCUGGCUAUAGGAAAUGCCUUCUGUAUUAAAAAACCAGCAGAAACACACACACAAGAAGAUGUCGCUGAAAGAGAAGAGUUAAACAAAUCUGGAAACGCCAAGGUGGACUCUAUUGAAGUGGAACACUUUCUGAAAGACGAAAAGAACGGGGAAGUUGUAACUAACCCAGAAACCUGUGUGUGA